AAAUUUCACGUUUAACCCUCGAACACUACAUUUUUAUUUUUCAAACCCCUCAGAGAAUAUCUUAGAUUUAUACUUGCCUCUUUUCCCUUAUUUCAAUUUUGUUUAGAAUGUUAGAAAAAAUAACACUAAAAUUAAAAAUAGUGAAGUUUGAAUUUUGCAUAGCUAAUACUCCUAUAGCAAUUUUCAACAUGAAAUUCAACAUUAUACUAUUCCAACUUUUCCAAUUCUCAUGAGUCGUGUCGUGACCAUAUACUUCAACCUCAGCCCCCCAAACCAGACUGAGUCAAAAUCUAAUACCGUACUGGUCAUCAAUUUCCUUCAAAAUUUCACUACCAACUCCAAAAGGCAUUCGCUUUUACUACUCCUAUAUUAUGGUGUAUGACUUAAUUACUCAAAAUUAUUAAACACUUUUAGAGACACAGUUAGUCUUUAUGCAUGGCAGAUUUCUUAGCAAUAUGGUUUCUGCUACAUGUACUUCUUCAUGCAAAUGGAAGUUUAGCGUUUUGGGAAGAAGAAAAAAUAGCUCUUUUGAAACUGAAGGAUGUUUUAAACUACCCAAACGGGACUGCACUUUCGUCUUGGGGUGGUAAAGAAAUGGAUUGUUGUAAGUGGGAAAGAAUUGGUUGCAGUAAAUUGACAAAACGGGUGACUAAACUUUCUCUUAAUCGCACAAGACAAAUAGAGUUGCAUGACAAGGAUUUCUUCAUUGAAUCUUCUUUGUUUCUUCCCUUUGAAGAGCUGCAAGAGUUAAGAUUGGAUGGUAACUUAAUUACAGGCUUCAACGGAGUAUUGAGGUUAAACAAAUUACAAAUUUUGGAUCUGAGUUAUAACUCACUAACAGAAAUUCCAUCUUUCAAUGGCCUAGAAUCUAUAAAGUUUCUCAGAUUUAGUUCUAAUCGUCUGAAAAAUUUAUCCACAUUCCAAGAGUUGACAACAUUAAGGGGCCUGGAGAUGCUUGACUUGGGUUAUAAUGACAUUGCUGGCGAGAUGCCUCCAUCUAUUGGGGCCAUGACAUCUUUAAAGAGCUUAUCAUUUAGAAACAAUGAAUUAAAUGGCUCUUUCCCGGAGGAAGGUUUAUGUAAUUUGAGAAGCCUCCAAGAGUUGGAUAUUAGCCGAAACAGCCUAAAAGGAUCUAUUCCUCCAUGUAUCAGCAAUUUAACAUCCCUUCGUCUCCUUGAACUUUCUGAAAAUAACCUUGAGGGAACCAUUCCUUCGGAUCUCCUGUCUAGUCUCAAGUCCCUUGAAUACCUUUCUCUUUCUUUGAACCAUUUUGAAGGGUCCAUCUCAUUGAGCUCAUUUGCUAACAACUCCAAUCUUGAGGUUCUAGAACUUGAUAGCCUUAACAAGGAGUUGCAUGUAUACACAGAAAAUACAACCUGGAAACCUCUAUUUCAGCUAAAAGUCCUGCGACUAUCAAACUGCAAAAUCAAUGAGCCAACGAGAUCUAUUCCGAGCUUUCUUUUGACCCAGCAUGAUUUAAGAGUUGUUAACCUCAGUUACAAUUCUAUGGUUGGAGAGCUUCCCGCUUGGCUACUAAUAAACAACACAAAAUUGGAGUUCCUUAGUCUUGCUCAAAACUCAUUCACGGGUCAAUUUGUGUUACCUGCUGAUUCUAAAGAUCUUGAUUUGUUUUGGCUUGAUGUGUCUAAGAAUGAUAUUCAGGGCCCCAUUCCUGCAUCUAUUGGCCAUAUUUUCCCAAAUUUGUUGUAUUUGAACAUGUCUAGAAACUCAUUUCAAGGUAGUAUUCCUCAUUCAAUCGGCAAUAUGAAUAAGUUGCGUUCAUUGGAUCUGUCGAGCAACAACUUCACUGGAGAAUUACCUGAACAUUUGGUUAUGGGCUGCAAGGAUUUGACUAUGCUGAGACUUUCACAUAAUAAGCUGCAGGGGCAGUUAUUUCCCAAAAGAUGGAACCUCACAAGGCUCCAGGUGUUGUAUUUAGAUAAUAAUCUCUUUUCCGGACAUUUGUUACCUGGACUUCUUACAAGCUCCUCACUGAUACUGUUGAAACUAAGCGAUAACUCAAUCUCGGGAAAACUACCUGAUUGGAUAGGGGAAUUUUCUUUCCUUAGAUCCCUUAGUGCGUCCAGAAGCUUCUUCAGAGGUCCUAUACCAGUGGGCUUUUGCAGACUUGUGCAACUGAGUUUUUUAGACCUUUCAUGGAAUAGUCUUUCUGAUAACAUACCUUCUUGUUUCAAUCUGUCAGCACUAAAAUAUUUACACCUUCAAGGAAAUGAACUCUCAGGACCUUUGCCAAGAGCUCUCUAUGGAUCAUCUUCCCUUGUGACACUAGAUAUGAAGGAUAAUAAACUGUCAGGGAAAAUUCCAACGUGGAUCAGCUUACUCCCAAAUUUGAGAAAUCUUUUAUUAAAAGGAAACAACUUUAUAGGUUCCAUUCCUUUUCAGCUAUGUCAGCUUCAAAACAUCAGCAUACUAGAUCUCUCUUCCAAUAGCCUUUCUGGUCCCAUACCUUCAUGUUUGAAUGAUAUACCAUUUGGUCGGAAGAAAGCACAUGAUCAAACCUUUGAGACUGAUGAAUAUGGGUGGACAUUGUAUAGCCCUUUUAUGACGUACGAGUAUCAAAGCGUACUUCGUGUAAACCAAUAUGUUGAAGCUGGAUUUUACUCAUCAGAUGUGGCAGAAGAAAUAGAAUUUAUCUCAAAGCUUAGGUAUGAGUCAUAUACAGGAAGCAUCUUGAAUUAUAUGUCUGGGAUCGAUCUUUCUAUGAAUAAAUUGAUAGGUCCAAUUUCUCCUGAACUUGGGUUCCUAAGUGAUAUUCAUACUCUAAAUUUAUCACAUAAUCAACUGAAUGGAUCCAUUCCAAGGGCAUUUUCCAACUUGAAGCAAAUACAAAGCUUGGACUUAUCCAACAAUAAGUUGAGUGGUGGAAUUCCCCCGGAAAUAGUUCAGUUAAACUUUCUAUCAGUCUUCUCAGUGGCAAACAACAAUUUAUCAGGACGCGCACCAGAUAGGAAGGCCCAGUUUGCAACAUUUGAAGCUAGCAGCUAUGAAGGCAAUCCUUUCCUUUGUGGAUUACCUCUCCAGGAAACUUGUGGAAGGAGCACAGCAGCAUCAGAUCCAAAUCCAGGAGAAAUUGAUGAUGAAAUUGAUGAUCUGUUCAAAGAUGCAUUUUUGGAGACUUUUGUUCCAUCAUCUAUUGUGGCAUUCCUGGGAGCUAGUGCUUUUAUUUACUUCAACCCCAGUUGCAGAAUGCUUUUUCAGUUUGUUGAAGCAAAGCUCUUAUCUUCUAGAUAGAUUUGCCUAGUUAUUUAUUGUACCUGAUGAAAAAAGUAACUGAGUGUGUGCAUAGAAAGUAAAGCAUACUUUUUAUGAGAUAUUUUUGGCAAUUCAAUAGUAUCUCAGGACCUUUGUGUUUA